AUGGCUAACAUACCGGAUCUUGAGCUUGCCCAGUUCCUGCUUUUAACUCAAACUUUGACUAGCCCCCUGAAACUAUUCAAUAUCGCAAAAAAUGAAAAAAGGUUACUCUACACAUCUGCGCCAAUGGUGCGCUAUAGCAAACUCGCCUUUCGACAAACUGUGUUUGCCUACGGCACAGACUUAUGCUGGACUCCCAUGGUAUUAGCUAAGGAGUUCAACAGGAAUCGUUUUGCCCGAGAUAGCGACUUCACAAUAUCCACCAAAGGCCCUCAACCUCCCACGAUUGUACAGUUCGGCGCCAAUGUGCCACAGGAAUUAGCGAGAGCCUCGUCUCUUGUCGUGCCAUUUUCUAGUGGAGUCGAUCUCAACUGUGGUUGCCCCCAAUCAUGGGCUUGCGCUGAGACCUUGGGUGCUGCUCUUAUGGAGAAAAGGGAGUUGGUGCGGGAUAUGGUCGUCGAGACGAGGGACCAACUCCGCCGAGACGGAUGGGGCGUCGGUAAGGAGAAGGAUAUUGACAAUCCCAAAGGGAAAAGUGUGAGUGUUAAGAUUAGGGUGCAUAAGGACUUGCGAAAAACAAUAGACUUCAUCACCACUGUCCUGGGCCCCGACCAAGACCGUCACAUCGACUGGCUGACCAUCCACCCGCGAACACGCUCCACCCCAUCCAGCACCCCCAUCAACAUCGAAGCCCUCGAGAUCUUGACUUCAACAUUUGGCGACCGCGUCCCCAUCCUCCUCUCCGGCGACGUCUUUGCCCUCAGCGCCCUCCCCUUCACCUCGCCCCUCCUACAUCCCAGCCCAACGUUCACCACCACGGAUACCAUCACCAUCACAAUGCCCCCAACACCUGCCCUUCCCGCGGUAUCUUCCGACGCUCCCAUCCUCGCACAUCUCCCCAAACUCGCAGGUCUCAUGUCAGCCCGCGCCAUCCUUGCCAACCCAGCCCUCUACGCCGGCCACGACGCCUGCCCGUGGGAAGCGGUCGAGGCCUUUCUCAACAACGUGGCGCGGUGUCCGCUGCCCUUCAAGCUGGUGCUGCACCAUCUGAGCGAGAUGUGUGCACCGGGGAUGGGACCGAACAAGAGCGCGCUGCUGAGCAAGGCGGAGAGGACGGAGAUGAUGGCAUGUGGGAAUAUGCUGGAUUUGGUGGAUUAUUUGGAGGAUAAGAAGGGGGUGAGGAGGGAUAUGUAA